GUGCACACAGAUCUACAAUGGCGGACGCAGCUCCAGCCGGUGGACGUGGCGGUUUUCGCGGUGGUUUUGGUUCUCGUGGAGGUGACAGGGGCCGUGGUGGCCCACGUGGUCGUGGACGUGGUCGCGGACGCGGUCGUGGGCGCGGCAAGGAAGAUCAGAAAGAAUGGGUGCCAGUAACCAAGCUCGGCCGCCUUGUGCGCGAUGGAAAAAUUGACAAACUGGAGAGCAUUUACCUGUUCUCGUUGCCCAUUAAAGAGUUUGAGAUUAUCGACUUCUUCCUUGGACCAUCUCUCAAUGAUGAGGUGUUGAAGAUCAUGCCUGUACAGAAGCAGACUCGUGCCGGUCAACGCACGCGUUUCAAGGCCUUCGUUGCUAUCGGCGACAACAACGGCCACAUCGGUUUGGGCGUCAAGUGCAGCAAGGAAGUGGCAACUGCUAUUCGUGGAGCUAUCAUCCUUGCCAAGUUGUCUGUUCUUCCUGUGCGCAGAGGAUAUUGGGGUAACAAGAUUGGAAAGCCUCACACCGUACCUUGCAAGGUCACCGGAAAAUGUGGCUCCGUCACUGUGAGGUUGAUCCCUGCACCUCGUGGUACUGGUAUUGUGUCUGCUCCAGUCCCUAAGAAGCUGCUUCAGAUGGCUGGAGUCCAGGACUGCUACACAUCGGCUCGUGGCUCUACUGGCACCUUGGGCAACUUUGCAAAGGCCACCUAUGCAGCUAUUGCCAAGACCUAUGCCUAUCUCACUCCUGACUUGUGGAGAGACAUCCCACUGACCAAGUCACCAUAUUCUGAGUUCAAAGUUUAGACAUUUCUCUCAAACAUGAGAAUAAAUGACAAAGUUUAA